AUGACGUCACGACCGAAACGUCGCGGAGCGUUUGACCCGCCCGAUCGUCAUCGGCUCCAUCGAUCUCAUGCCGGUUCCACGGGCGAACUGAUAGCGCCUGCCAAUGACCGGCCGCUGCAGACCGACAAGGCCCUUCUCCUGUCCACUCGGCGUGCAGCGCUGCUUCACACCGGCCCAGCCCUGGCCCGGCCAAUCAUAGCCAAUCACAGCCCGCCUAUUGAGUCGGCCGGAGAACCAGCAGACGGAAAGGCCCCUGGGUAG